CGUCCCAGGCCAGGUUGGAUGGGGCUGGGAGCAGCCUGGCAUAGUGGAAGGUGUCCCUGCCCAUGGCAGGGGCUGGAAGUGGCUCAUCCCUAAGGCCCCUUCCAAGCCAAUCCAUUGCACGAUUCCGCAGAUUGAUGGCUCUGUGACAGAGGCAUUUGGAGACAGCAUCACCUGAGCUCCGGUUUGCUGUGAGCUCUGAUGCCAGCCAGCACCACGGGAGCAUUGCCGCAGGGACGUGAGAAGGAGCACUGUGACAUCGGCAGCACCACUGUGACGCAGGAACUGCCACAGCUCCACGUCAGGCCUGUGUGCCAGGAGAGUGCAGCCAGUCCUGCCUCGCCAUGGACCUGGUGACGCGUCUCGUGCGCUCUCUGCUCCUGCUGGCCCUGCUGCUGGCAGGGGCCCCCUCCCCAGGAGAGGCCAAAGAGCUCUGCCCAGAGCCCUGCCACUGCCCAGGGCAUGGGCGCCUGGACUGCCGCCACGCCGGCCUGGCCACCGUGCCCCCGGCCAGCCGCCGCCGGGCCCUCACCGUCCUAGAUUUCACUGGAAACUCCAUUGCUGCUGUUGGAAAACAAGCCUGGAAAGACUACCCAUGGACUGAGACCUUAGUGCUCAGGAAGAAUGAGCUGCGGGAAGUGAAGAGCCAUUCCCUGGAGGGGCUGUUCCUGCUGAAGCACCUGGAUUUGUCCUGCAAUGAGAUCCUGUCCAUUGAGGAACGAGCUUUUGAGCCACUGCCUUUCCUGAAGCUUCUAAACCUCUCCGGGAAUGGGCUCACGCGGAUCCGCAGCGGAACUUUCCAGGCCUGGCACGGGAUGCAGUUUCUCCAGCAGCUGAUCCUCAGCCACAACCCGCUGGCUGUCAUUGCUGACGCUGCCUUCUUCAAGCUGCCCUCAGUGAGCUUACUAGACCUGAGUGCCACCCAAGUGACUCCGCAGACGCUGCUGCUGCUCCUGCAGACCACAGUGAGCUUGGAAACCCUCCAAGUGCCCAAGGAGGUGGCCUGCUGCCUGUGCCAGGAGCGUCCCCGCCCCGAGAGCCCGUGCAGGACCAUCCAGAUCGUCUGCGAGAAGCUGUGCAGCGGCAGCGCCCCGCAGUGUGGUUGGUGUCCGGAGGGGCUGGGGGGAGCUCAGAUCUGCCACUUCUCUGGAGCCUGGGGAGCUGCUGCAGCACUGCCCCAUCCUGGGGGGUCCUGAUCUCCCCUUGGAGUGCAGGACUUGGGCAAAACCCCUUGGCUUGAGAUGUUCCUGGUGAUUGUACAUAUCUUGUGGGUCACAUCCUGUCUGGAGAAGAAACAGCUCACUGGGACACUCCAUGGCCCACGUGCAGGAGAGAGGGCAGGGCCCCCAAAGUGCUCUGCAGGCUGAACACCAAGCACCGUUAUCCCCUCGUUGGGCUGUGCAAGGGGAGCAAAGCACUGUCCUGCUCUAGCUGGGCACAGGGCAGAGAACAUCCAGCAGGCUGGACUUGAGCAAACAGAAACAGCCAGGUUUCCAAGGUCCCCACACAGAGCUGGCUUCUGUCACUGGCUCAGCCCCACGUUUCCCACAGCACAGUCCCAGAGCUCUGGUGCUCUUGUGGAAGUUUUUCCUGCUGAGACAGCUUGAGCUGCUGCUGUUGGGAAUUUCCCCGGAGCAAAGGAGUCCCUGGGCUUUUCUCCCCUGCCAGUCUGUGCCCCCAUUGCAGUGCUGAUCUUUCCUCUGGGCUCUCUGGCUCUUGUGUGGCUCCUGCAGAGCAGCCCAGGCCUGGCUCAUCCAGAGCUGUGGGGAAGUCUCCGACAGGAAACCCAUUCCCCAGGGAUGUUUCCUUCCCAUCCAAAGAGAGCCCCUGGAGACAGCAGGAAAGAACCAGCGCUCUGCUCUGCCCCAAGGGGAUAAUGGGAUGGAUUGAAGGGGUCUUCUCCUCUUCUCCCCAACACAUCCCCCCCUCUGCUCUCACGCUCCCUGGCCUUGAGAUGAGCUCCUGCUGCUCAGGGUAACCUCUGAGCCUGUGUUGGU